AAUAAGUAGUUCUUAUUGAUAAGAAAAUGAAAGAAAAAUAUAUAGAAGAAAGAAAAAACCAUUCUAGCAACAUUGAUAUGUUCGCUAAACUUCAUCAAACCCAAAAUUUCCAGCUCCACCACCAAUUGACAGUACCCACCGCAGCGCUGCCGUCCUCCUCCGCCAACGAUGGCGCUACCAUUGAAGUCAUCCGCCGUUCACGUGGCCGUCCACCCGGCUCGAAAAACAAAUCCAAAUCCAAACUCAAACCCAGUUUCAUCAUAGCAACACGUGAUGGUCACGUGGAAAAACCCACUAUGAGUCCUUACAUCCUCGAAAUUCCCAUCGGGAUUGAUAUUAUCGAUUCGAUCUAUCGAUUUUGCGGGAAUCAAAAUUUGGGUCUAUGUAUUCUAAACGGGUCGGGUACUGUUACUAAUGUUACACUUAAACAGCCUUCAAUUAACCCAUCUGAUUCUACAAUUACCUUCCAUGGAAGCUUCACUAUUCUUUCGAUUUCAGCUACAAUUAUACCGAGUGAUUUUUCUCCGAUUCCGAACGGGUUCAGUAUUUCAUUAGCCGGUCCACAAGGUCAAGUUGUUGGUGGACCGGUAAUUGGACCGCUUUUUUCAGCUGGACCGGUUUAUUUAAUUGCAACGACGUUUAAUAAUCCUUUUUAUCACAAAUUUCCGGCGGAGGACGACGGCGAGGGCGGUCAGUCGCCGGAUUCCGGCGCCGGAGAUAGUGGGCAGCCACCGGAAUCAAAUCAGCGUGAGUAUUGUUAUAGUUCUAAUCAGUUGCCAUCGGAUGUGAUAUGGGCACCUACCCCUAGACAACUACUGCCUUACUAAAAAUCGUAUUCAAAAUAUGAAAUUUACGGAUUUAGAUUUAAAAUUUAUUUUGUGUUUUUGUGAGUUUAAAAUAUAUGUUUUAUUCUUAUUUAGAUUUAUUUUAUCAUAUAUUGAAUUUGAAUCAACGUUACUUUUAUAAUUGUGAAAAAAAGUUAGUUUUUUAUGUUUGAUUAAUAUAAUUAGCCUUGAAAUUUCAUUGA